CGCGCUUUCCAAUCAUCCGCAGUCAUUGCCUGACUCUAAGGCACUACGUCUGGAACACUUUUACUUUCGUUACAUAAAAUAUCUAGACAUUGGAUCAAGGAUCAGAGUUUCUGCAUUCUCGAAUUUAUUAAAGAGAGUUGAUACACUUGAAACAGAGUAUCUUUUUAUGACAAUGCUGAAAUCAUGGAUACAGGGACAGUCCGUCUUGUAAUUUUCUUGGGGAUGUUUCUGGUUUUCGUCAGCGAUUACAGCUCAUUAAUAUCUACAAUUUUCGGAAAUAAUGCAGAACGGAAUUCUACUUUCAAGCUAAUAAAUGGACAGCCAAAAACAGAAUCUUCUUCUGAAAAGUUAUUCAAAGAUGAACUCAAAAUCAAUUUCGAUAAAAGAAACGUUAUUUCUCGUCGUUCCAAGUUGAUGACAACAAUUAAAACCGCAUGUUUGCCUAAACUUAUUUGCGAGUUAAAGUCACAUGUACAUCAGGAGCAACUGACUGAGAUGGAAACGACAUUAUUGAACUUAAUCAGAGAUACCAGUUUAAACACCAUGGCUGAAGUUCCGUCAAGAUAUCACUUUGCUGCUCACAUGGGUCAAUUAAUAGCAGGGUUAGAAGGUCAAGGAUGUCAUAAUUUCUACCCUACAUGCCCACUUCCUGGACUCAGUGUAUUAAACAUGAUGAAAAAAAUUAGGAUACAUUAAGUGGUGCUUCUAAACGUAUUUUUAUAAUAUUUUACUAAUAAAGGCUGUGAUUUCAUAUUUUGAAACUGAAAUUGAAAAGUUUUUCAUAUUUUACGUUUCAUAGAUUAAAAAAAGAUUUUUAAGUGUUCCAA